AUGAGCGCCCAGAAUGCCUCGGGAAACGCCGCUCUACACAUCUGUGCCCUAUACAACCAGGAUAACUGUGCCAGAGUGCUGCUUGUUCGCGGAGCUGACAAAGAAGUGAAGAACUACAACAGCCAGAGUCCAUUUCAGGUUGCUAUUAUUGCUGGGAACUUUGAGCUUGCUGAGCUCAUCAAGAACCAUAAAGAGUCAGAUAUAGUGCCUUUCCGCGAGGCUCCAGCCUACUCCAAACGCCGACGGGGUCCGUCUUCUGGCAGCGGAAACGGCCAGUCCCCCUCCUCGUUAUCAGCGCCACGGGUCCUCCUGCGCUCCAACAGCGACAACAACCUAACGGUCAGCCAGUACCAGCAGCAACAGCAGCAGCAGCAACAGCAGCAGCACGGUUCUCCUGGCAACUGGGCCCCACAUCUGCAGCAGCACCAACACGCCCAGGGCCACAGGGGCGCCCAGCAGGGUCACUCGCAGCCUGGCUCCUCAGCAUUACAUCGCAGCCUGUCACCCCAGCUGCUCCAGCAGAUGCCCAGCGGCAGCCCCAAUGGCAACGUGGUGGUCCGGACCAUGGGGAGGGGGGCAAGGAGCCGGUCACCCUCCCUCAGCCGGCUGGGGGAGGAGGCCAGACGGGGUAUUCCUUCACAGCGCCAGCCCAGUCCCAGCGGUCAUGGUGAGGGAGUAGGAACCCGGAGGAAGCUGUACAGUGCUGUACCUGGGAGACAUUUUGUGGUGGUUCGUUCUUACACUGCCCAGGCCGAAGGGGAGAUUAACCUCUACAAAGGCGACAGGGUCAAAGUUCUGAGCAUCGGAGAGGGGGGUUUCUGGGAGGGCAGCGCCCGCGGCCAGGUGGGCUGGUUUCCAGCCGACUGUGUGGAGGAGAUCCCGGCCAAGGCCACCGAGGAGAGGAGCUAUUCCCGAGCGGACCGAGCUGACAGGCGGAAGCUCUUCAGACACUACACUGUGGGCUCCUACGACAGCUUUGAUGCCUCUAGUGACUGCGUGGUGGACGAGAAGACGGUGGUGCUCCAGAAAAAGGAGAAUGAGGGAUUUGGCUUCGUCCUGCGAGGGGCGAAAGCGGAUACGCCCAUUGAGGAGUUUACUCCCACACCUGCCUUCCCCGCCCUGCAGUACCUGGAGUCGGUGGACGAGGGAGGAGUGGCAUGGCAGGCGGGGCUCAGGACGGGGGAUUUCCUCAUCGAGGUGAACCAGGAGAACGUGGUGAAGGUGGGCCACAGACAGGUGGUCAACAUGAUCCGCCAGGGGGGCAACCGGCUCCUGAUCAAGGUGGUGACGGUGAGCCGGAAUCUGGACCCCGAGGACACGGCACGCAAAAAAGCUCCUCCACCCCCAAAGAGAGCCCCCACCACAGCACUGUCCAUGCGCUCCAAGUCGAUGACCUCUGAGCUGGAGGAACUCGUGGAUAAAGCCACUCUAAGGAAAAAGAAAGGUGACAAAGUUGAGGAGAUGACACAUGCCCAGAAGACCUCACCUGUUGACAUGAAGAUCGCCACAAUCAAACCACGCCCAUCCAGUCGCUGCUUGGUCACGCCUACUGAUAUGAACUCCAUGUAUCACGACCGCCAGGGAGUAGCAGUGGUGCCACCCACUGUGCCGGGGGCAUACCUGGGGAUACCUGAGAAGGGCACUAUGAAGAAGCAAAAGUCCAUAGGUACAACGGAGGAUGAGAAACAGGGAUUCCUCACACCUCCCUUGCUCAAGUUCUCCCGCAGCCUCUCUAUGCCGGACACCUCAGAGGACAUCCCUCCUCCACCUGCCAUUUCACCACCUUCACCACCUGCCUACAACUCAGCUGCUGGCCCGACAACCAAGAGCUAUGGCACCACCCGACCAAGCUUUGUCCAGAACUCACCCAACGCAGUGACAACUAUUAGCCGAACUACCGAUGUUGGCACGCUGAGACGUGGCUAUUUCCGGCAGAGCUCUGAGCAGUUUGAGAGCACACGCACUCGAGGGCGCACGCCGGUACCUGAGAACCCUUACUCCGAGGUGGGCAAUAAGACACUGUAUGUGCCAGCAAAACCAGCUCGAAGGAAGGGCAUGCUAGUGAAGCAGUCUAAUGUUGAAGACAGUCCAGAGAAAACAUGUCACAUGCCAGCAAGUCCCUCAGGCCCAGUUUCUAUGCCCACUACGCCUGUAGAAAGAACGUGUUCCUCCAUUCCUAUCCCCACCAUUAUCGUUAAAGAGCCCUCCACCAGCAGCAGUGGCAAGAGCAGCCAGGGUAGCAGUAUGGAGAUAGAACCCACCACCCCUGAACACCCACCUCUCACACCCACCGUUGGUGGAAGUGGAGGUUUACGUCCUGAAGACCCCCUCUCUCUAAGCAACCCCUUUGCAGCAGCUAUUGCUGGGGCAGUUCGCGACCGAGAGAAGAGGCUAGAGGCAAAAAAGCACUCAAUUGCCUUCCAGUCAAUAGACAUAGGGGAUGACGACUUGAGUGGUCCCACACCGACCCCUCGCCUUCGCCAGUCGAAGUCCAUAGAUGAAGGCAUGUUCAGUAGCGACGAGCGUCUUCGAAGGAUAUUGGGUCCCCCUUCAACUCAGCUCGGACCCCCUGUUGGGGGUGGUAGUGGCAAUAUGACAGAUUUCAACACUCCUGAGCCCACAGUGGUUCGGGAGCCUCUGAACACCAGAACAGGUCAGUGCCCCAACCUGGACAGUCCUGUCAGUCUCCCAGCCACGCCCCCUAAAAGCCACUACAGGGCUAAUGGGACCUACCUCCAUCCUGUCACUGGCAAGCCCCUUGACCCUAACUCUCCCCUUGCACUGGCCCUGGCAGCUCGUGACCGGGCCAUGAAGGAGCAACAAAACCACCCUCAGAAUCAGCCACCAAAUCCUCCUCAGGUUCAGCAAACCCCCAAACACGAAGCCCAGUCGCUGCCAAUUCAGCAAAGUCACAAACCAGACCUCAACCAACCAUUGUUUAUUGACACCAAACUACGCUCUGGGAUUGAGACGAGCUACGCUGCAAUUUCCACAGCGACCAUGGGGCGGCCUGGCCGAGGCGGCCUCCGGAGGCAGAUGACCGAGCAGAAGUAUGAGUCUGAUGGAGCAAGAGAAGAGCGGCAACAUCAGGCAGUCGAGGAGAGGAAAAGUGCGCCAGCGGAUGUGGCAGACUCAUCAGCGCCCAAGUCGGCCGGGCUGUUGAUGGUCCACACAAGUACAGAGGCUAACAACAAGAUGGAGGUGGAGGGGCAGGACAGCAACAGGCCAUCUGAGCUGAAGGACCCCAACCAGCCCGACCCUAUCACUACUCAGACACUGUCUGCCAAUCAGCCACCUACAUCCCGGAGGAGAAGCGUUCCUUUAGGCGAAUCCCUGGAUGAACCGGUAAAACUGCCCUUCCGUAUUCCCCCACCUCCACUGGCCUCGGUUGACAUUGAUGAGGACUUUGACUUCACAGAGCCACUCCCUCCACCUCUGGAGUUUGCAAACAGUAUUGACAUUCCUGAUGACCAGGCUAGUGCCAUUGCAGAGAUGCUACAACAACAGAGACGAAACGGGGGACCAGCUCUACCCCCAUACCACCCUCACGCCCCGCCGCCGGUCACCGAUCAACACAAACGAGUGGCAAACAGCAUGCCCCCCUCGUAUCCUCCGCCCCCACCCGACCAAGAGUCAGGGGUGGGCGACUCGGGCAUUGAAGAGGUGGACAGCCGCAGCAGUGGGGAUCCUCAGCACAUGGAGACCACCAGCACCGUUUCCAGCAUCUCCACACUGUCGUCAGAGGGAGGCUUCUGUGACAGCACUCUGGAGAGCCUCUAUGCCACCGCGGAUGGUCACGCCUUCCUGGUGGAUCGGCCCCCGGUGCCACCCAAACCCAAGGGCAAGUCCGUCAUCAACAGAACAUCACUUUAUCAUGACGCUCUCAUUGAGGAGCCACCAGAGUCCUACGGUUCACCGCCUCAGGCCCCUCCCCCUCCCCCCUCUUCCUCUGAACCUCCUAGGACUCCUACUCAAAGGACAUCCAAGCUCUGGGGUGAUCAGCCCCCUGAGUUACGCAGUCCCCCAUCCACACCAGACACCAAGAACACCGUUAUCACCGAGCUGAGCUCCAUCCUGCAGCAAAUGAAUCGCGACAGGCCAGCCAAGCCAGGAGAGAGCCUCGACUCCCCCACGGGGACCAGGGGGGGCUUCGGAACCAGGCCUCCCGCAGACGACUCAGGAAUGCGUAACAACGCUGCCGCCGCUGCUGCGCUCACCUCCACCCCUCCCAGCAGCCUCCCGUCGCAGGCUCACCCCUGCAGCCCGCCAGACUCCGCCUCCUCCCUCACCCCCUGCUCCUCACUGCCUCCCUCGGUGUCGCCCACCCUCACGGACGUCUUCGGCCUGCCCACCCCGCCCAUGGGCAGCGGCGGCGGCUACAGCCUGAGCUCCUCGUGUGGCGGCAGCGGCAGCUCGCGCUCCCCAUCACCGCUCACGUUGAUGCAGGCGGUGGCGGCCUCGGGCAAGCCCUUCGCCUCCAAGCCCAUGGAGCUGUGGAGCAAACACGAUGUGGCGGACUGGCUGGAGAGCCUGAAUCUGGGGGAGCACAGGGACGCCUUCCUGGACAAUGAGAUCGAGGGCGCCCACCUGCCCUCACUGCAAAAAGAGGACCUGAUAGACCUCGGCGUGACGAGGGUGGGCCACCGCAUGAACAUCGAGAGGGCCCUCAAGCUGCUGCAGGACAGAUAA